AUGGGUCAGUUCCAGAGCGCCGAGGUGUGCACAACGCCGGCUUGCAUACAGGCCGCUUCGCACAUUCUCGAAAACCUGGCACCCAACUGGAAGGAUAUGGAUCCCUGCACCGACUUUGACAAGAUGGUCUGCCACGGGUUCAACCAGCUGCACGACUCACCAACCGUUGGCUUGUUUGCCCAGGAGAAGACCAACAACAGGCUGCUCCGAGAAAUUCUAGAGCGACCUUACGAAGAAGCAACAGCGGUCCAGCCUUAUGUACUAAGACGCCGAGACAACGCCGCCGAACACAACUUUGACAUGGCCCACCGAGCAUAUGCUGCCUGCAUGGAUUCGGACGCCAUCGAGGCAGCAGGCGUCAAGCCGCUGAUGGAUCUUGUGAAUCGCAUCAACGAGCAGUGGCCCAUCGAGAUGGACUACGCCGAUGACCUGUUCGAUGAAGCAGACGACACAGCUGGCCUGCACAAGGUUAUCGCUGCUUUGACCAAGCUCAACGUCCGCACGUGGAAUGGUGCUCCGGAUGGAGCGAGGGGUAAUCGAAAGCCCGAUCCGAUUGACCAGAAGAAACAACGCAUCAUCAUCUCGAUUCCAGACUUCAGCCUCAACUACUUUGACAGCGAGGGCCGUGCUUAUCUUGACUCAAACAAGACAUCCGAACUCAAAGACCAGAUCGCUGGUGCUUUCCGUGUUGUUUUCCCUGUUUCCUUGAAUGAAGAGACAGCGAAGCAACUCGCAGGGGAGAUCGUCGAGAUGGAAAUAUCUAUGUUGCGCGAGGCGUCUAAGACUGCCCAGGAUGGAGGCAACUCUAGCACAUCGGCCAACAUCUUUGCUAGGGGCGAAGGCAGUGGAACGACAGACCCUCAGGAAGCACUGAAGAAAACAAUCAUCCCGUUGGCGGAACUCCGCUCCUUUGCACCAGUACUUGGCCUUGACGUGCUUGUUCGGGAGCUUGUUGCAGGAGGCUCCACACCCGACGCGGUUGUGGUAUUACUUCCCGCGAUUUGGUCAACGUUCGAACAAGCCGUCAAGAAACAGCGCAAGAUUGUCGUUCAGUCUUGGUUACUCUGGAAGGUCAUCAAGCAGUUCUCCGCCAACGUUGAGUCCAACGAGCUCAAGAACCUAGACCUUGGCGGCGAUGCUGGGUCCAACAAAUACGAUACAUGCGUCGAACAUGUCGACGACUCUUUGAGGUGGAUUCUUGACCAGCUCUUUGUCAGGGCAAGUUACCCAGAGCUCACUCGCUCGGCGGCAGCCAAGAUGGCUACCAACAUCCGCGAGGAGAUGAAGGUGCAUGUGGAAAAGCUAUCGUGGAUGAGCGAGGAGACCAGGAAGCGAACCGUGAAGAAGCUGGAUAACAUGAAGCUGAACAUUGGAUUUCCCGAACAUGAUCCCGACCUCAGGUCAUCUGACGACAUUGCCGAGUUCUACAGUGGCGUGAACAUCACCAGCUCGUUUUUCGACAACGCUUUGGAAGCACUGCGGUAUCAACUAGUUAGCGACGCGCGGAUGCUAUCGAAACCCACCUCCCAAAGCGAAUGGACUUCGGCCUACAGCCACCAGACCAACGCCGCCUAUGAGUCGACUGUUAACAGCAUCUUCAUGCCUGCCGGUGUGUCCAGGCCGCCUUUCUUCCACCCUGACCUGCCAGAAUGGGCCUUGUACGGUGCACUGGGGACCGUCAUCGGCCACGAGAUCACCCACGGGCUGGACAGCAGCGGUCGUCAGUAUGAUGAGAACGCUCUCAAGACCAACUGGUGGGAUGACAAGUCGGUGGCCGAAUACGCCAAGCGCCAGCAGUGCUUCGAGGACCAGUACACCAAGUUUGAGCUGGUCGGCCCGGACGGCAAGAAGUACCCCGGAAACGGGAACAGGACGGUGGGCGAGAACAUCUCCGAUGCUGGCGGUCUCGCGGUGGCCUACGACGCCUGGAUUAAGGAGCGCAAGUCUAUGCCCAAUACUUGGGACCAAGGGCUCCCUGGGCUGGGCGACUUCACCCACGAGCAGCUCUUUUUCAUUUUGUACGGCAACGUGUGGUGUGACGCCCUGACGGCACAGGAAAGGGUUGAAAAGCUGAGAGGGAACCCGAUCCAUGCCCCGAACCUCCACAGAAUCCUGGGUGGUACCGCCAACUCCCGGGCUUUCAAGGAGGCAUUCAAGUGCCCCAAAAAGGAGCCAGAGUGCGAGAUCUUUUAG